UUUGACAUCACACAAUGACCGAGUUACUUCCAUAACUGGAAGUUGAUACGGUCUGUAUUAGUUUUUCAUGUGGCCUCCAUGAUAGAGUUAUUGGCUCCUUGCUUAGUGGAGGAAAAGACGGUACAGAAUUCGCCAAAACUUCGGUUUUUCCAGUGACACGCACUUUGGCCCCGGUCAAACCAAGUUUCCUAUGACCUGGCUUGGACGAAUGCGUCAUGGAAAGACUGAAAAGGUUUCACUAGAUGGAUCGUGUAUGUCCCAGCGCUGGUGGACCCUUUGUACCGGGAUUUGUGCCCAUCUCGAAUGGGGUACAAGACCAGACUAACUUUCGUCUCGCUCAGCUGGACUGUUCCAUUGCUCCCAUGAAUGUGGCAAUGAGUUAUACUGUGGUUCUAGCAAGGCAAAGAUUGGCCUCAGGAGCCGUAGUUCCGCGGAGCCAUCGCUUUAGGGACAAUACCCUCGUUUUCAGGGUGGGUGCUGGAAAGUGUAUCCAACUACACGCAGAAUUCUGUACGACAAUGCAUGCCGAGGCCACAAUCCAGUCCCAACUGUGGCGGCCUCCAAAGGAGCUAUAAAGCAUAGCCUGGUGCCUGUUUGUUCCCCGUUUCAAGUUGCUUCUAUUUUUCACUCCAGUUCUGUUUAUGGCACAUUCUUUCUGAAGACGAUCUCUUACCAUUUAGAGACACAUCAUAUUAGAAAAAGUCUCCAAGCCCACAAUGGCCCUUCCGUCUGCAUACCGCGAGAACCUUGAAGCGGCUCUAGAUCCCAGCCGCCAGAAAGGCCAGGUCUUCAAGCUUACAGCUCCAGCUGAUGAGCUUGGCUGUGUUGAUUUCGGCUCAAAUAACACCCUUUCCCUUGGCGGGAGUGCAGCCACGCGAGAGGAGUUUCUCCGAGAGCUUGCACGGAAUCCCAACUUUGCUAUCGGAACCGGUGGCAGUCGCCUUUUGGGUGGAACCACACACUAUAUCGACGAGCUCGAACGAGAUUUGGCCCAUUUCUAUAAUGCCGACGAGGGCUUGAUUUUGCCCUCCGGAUAUGAAGGCAAUGUUGCUAUUCAUGCGACUCUUCCGCAGACGGGAGAUGCCAUUAUUCACGACGCAAAGAUCCAUGCCAGCACGCGGGAUGGCAUGCGUUCGUCAAAAGCACACAUCAUCCGACCAUUUGCACACAACGACCCACAGUCCUUGUACGACGUGCUCGAAGAAGUCAAGUUACUGGAGCCAGCAAUUGCCGAUGGACUUAAUACCGUCUUCGUGACGAUUGAAUCAAUCUACAGCAUGGACGGGGACGUGGCGCCCGUGGCUGAGAUCGUAAACGAAGCGAAACGGGCCUUGCCGAAAGGUAAUCUUGUUAUGAUCCUGGACGAGGCUCACUCCCACGGUAUUGUCGGGCCAAGUGGAGCUGGUCUAGCCUGUCAGCUGGGUCUAGAGCACGAGUUUGCUGUCAGGUUACACACAUUCGGCAAGGCCGUCGGAGCGGGUGGUGGUAUUAUUCUCUGUGACGGCCUGAUUAAACGAUAUCUGGUUAGCCAUGCGCGGAACUUCAUGUUCACCACGGCUCCGGCCUUCACUUUCUUUGCCACCAUCAAGGCUGCGGUCAAUGUCAUGGUCAGCGAGGAGGGUGACUGGCGUCGAAAGCAACUUCAAGACCGGAUCUACCACUUCUAUGACCUCCUCUUCCACCAUCCUCAGUGGGAACAUGUUCGACGAUCCGGAAUCCUGAGCAUUCCCACCACUGAACAUUUUGUCAAGGGUUCUUCAUUUCUUGUACCCAUCAUCCCCAUCAUCACACAGCCAGGCUAUAGCCACAAACUCGAAAAAUGGCUCCUAGACCGCGGCAUGCACACGCAUGGAGUGCGGUACCCCGUUGUGCCUAUGGCGAAGGAGCGGGUUCGAGUCAUGAUGCACGUUGAAAAUACAGUCGACCAGAUUGAAGCGUUGGUCAAGUCGGUCAUCGAAUGGGGGGACCAGUAUGCGCCGUCCCUGGCUCCAACUACCAUUAAGUUACGGCUGUGA